AUGCUUCGUGCUUCGACGAAUAUCGACUAUCCAUACUUUCCGUUCCGAAUUCCAGUUGACUAUGCGGCACAGAGGGAAGGUCUCAUAGUAAAUCACGAAUUCGCCGGUCCUAUCUGCUUCACCCUCAUCAGCACUCCGUUUCAUCGACUUUGUCGCGAAGCCGAAAAAAUGCAAAUGUCGUUUCCGCUGAAGGAUUGUCCCGUGAAUCCGUCAUCUCCACCGUGCUGCCCUACGCUGUUCAAUGCCUUCGUUACAGACGACACUGUGAACUACAUUAGCGCACCAUUCAGUCGACGGAACUGUCAACUUUUCCUCAACUACGAGAACGAAAAGCUGUUCUUCACUUCAGCACAGCGUGACAUGCUCACACAUGAGAUCCUAACACAACUCGACAUCAGGCGAGAACUGAAGGAACAGAAUCACAAUGUGUCAGUCGUUGGUGAUGAGUCGCAGCAAUCGGUGAUAGCUGACGAGCCACUGAGGAGAAAAGGUCUACAGUACCUUCGGAUGAAAAACAGCUAUGAGGACUCCUUUAUUCUGCACGAACCCAGCCAGGAGGAACCGUACUUCAAAAAGAUGAAGGAUAACUCAUCGAUCACUUACAUGGAACUCAUAACCGAGAUCGAAACGGAUCCUCGCAAAAAACUGAGCAACCUUUGGAGCAGAUUUUUUCGUUUCCAACCACUGGGUCUGGUCCGGGAAUACUUUGGCGAGCAGAUCGCAUUCUAUUUCGCCUGGCAGGGCACAUUCCUCACGAUGCUCUGGCCAGCGACCGUCCUCGGAUUAGCCGUAUUCGUUUUCGGUUUCGUUAAGAGCGUCCGUCUAAAUCCGGCCACGUUCGGAAACUGCACCGUAGUCAACUAUGCCGGCGAAUCGUUUAUCGUAUCGUGUACAUUUCGCAACAAACUGGCACAAUUUUUCACCACAGUGUCGUCGUGGUUCACGAACUCGUUCGACAAUGAGCUCAAUGCCUUCUUCGCAGCCUUCAUGUCUAUAUGGGGCACAUUUUUUUGCCAAAUAUGGCGCAGAAACAAUACUGUACUCGCCUACGAAUGGGACUGUGAAGAUUUCAACGAAGUGGAGCCAGAUCGUCCUGAAUAUCGAGGCAGCGCCACGAGAAUCGAUCCUACGAGGACUGAGCCGGAGUGCUUCAGUCCAGAUUUUCUGCGCUUUCUUAAGCUCGCCGUCUCAUGUAUUGUUGUUAUUCUAAGCAUGUGCUUGGUGAUAAUCAGUGUGCUCCUUGUCACUCUAUACAAGCUAUGGGCAGUUUCUAGUCAAGCUUGCAACAAAGAGGGUUUCCAAACCAAAGGACUUUUCGGACUAGGAGAAAAUUACAAGGAUGCUUGUUUACCGGGCACAUGCGGCUCACUGCUUGCCAUUCAACUCAUUUCACAUAUGAUCAUCAAGCCAUUACCGAAGUUCACAAAGGAUAUAGUUAUACCAUUUUUCGUACGGAUCUGCCGACUGAGAAAAUGGUACAAAAGACAGCGUAAUAUUUCGCACGAAACACUGAACGAGAACGAAAUGAACGUACUGCUGAGAGAAUGGAUGAAACCGAACGCCGGUGACUUCACACUUAGCGAAUUCAACGAGAAAAUCAUCCUUUUCGGCACCACUAUGAUGUUUGCCGCAUUAUUUCCUCUGGCUCCACUAAUCGCUCUAGUGAUCGGCUUCAUAGAUCUUCGUGUUGACGCGUUUCGACUGUUGUGGAUUAACCGACGGCCAGUACCUGUGAUGGCAAACGGCAUCGGGAUAUGGUUGUCGAUCCUCUACUUUCUUCAGUAUGCGGCGGUUAUGACGAAUGCUUUUAUAAUCGCAUUCACAUCAGACUUCUGCUCAAACUUCUUCAGUGAUGUGAUGUACUGCGAUGUCAAGAAUCGAUUUCUCAUCGUUAUAGUAUUCCAGAAUAUGGUAUUCAUUCUGAAAUACGUCCUUCAAAGCAUAAUUCCGACCGUCCCAUCAUCCAUACGAGUCGCUCAACGAAGAAAACGUUAUGUUGUUAACUACGUCAUCGAGAAAGGAGAUGUACCUUAUAAAAUUCGAAACAGACGACGUGCACGUAAUGCAAAGCUAGCAUGGAUAAUGUCUCAUAAGAAAGGAAGCAAAUCACCCAAACUGAUCUCCAGAGUCGACGUCGAAACUGCCAACAUCUCUUCAUCUUAG